AUGAUACCUUAAACAUCUAAUAAUGAGAAGUAGGCUACAUCCCAAGGUGAAGUCUUUCCCUGUAAACUUUGCCAUGAUGCCAAUAAUAAAGGAAAAAAUUCCGAGGAAUUUACAACAGAAAUCGUGAAUUAAUAUAACGUCACAUUGAUAAGAUGUCAACAAUGUUUAUGUGAACAACCACCAACUAAUCAAUGUAUAAAAUGUGGAACUCAAUUUGCUUAAAAAUUUUGCCCCGUUUGUUUACAAAAUCUGAAAAUUGUACCAAAAGUUAAACACCAUACAGGACCCUAGUAACUUAAUUUAAGUAGCAAUUAAGGUUUUAGAUUGUACUUCUUAAAAGGUAAUAUUUAAAUCAUCUUUAGGUUGUGAUAAUCGAUAGCUCAACUUAUCAUAGUAGAAGGAAUUUCUUAAUUACGUUAAAAUCGAUCCCUAUGGCCACGCAUUUAUGAUAUAUAAUUCAAAUGAACUUAAAAAUAAGGUAAGUUCUUGGAAAUAAACUCUUCCAUGGAUUACACCAUAUUAUGCAUUUAAGAGCAACCCUAUAGAGUAUAUAUUAAAAGAUAUCAUUAAUGGUCCUUAUGGGACAUUUGACUGUGCCUCUAAAGGAGUAAAUUAUUUAUGAAAUCCUAGGAAAUCUAAACGGUGAUCAAUUAUGGAGUUCCUGCUUCAAAGAUUGUUUAUAGCAAUCCAGUGAAGGAGGAAAAAGAUAUUUACUAUGCCAAGAGCAUUGGAGUCGAAAUAACGAGUGCUGACACCAUUGAUGAACUAAUCAAGAUCCAAAGGAUAGCACCAGAGAUGAAGAUACUCUGGAGAAUAUCUAUUGUUGAAGAAAAUCCAGAAAAAUUGGCCAACCUUUUUUCUGGUAAAUUUGGGGAUGAUAUACCUAAUUCAGAUGUUGCUCAUGAAAGGUUUAAGUAAAUUCAACAAAUGGGAAUUCAAUUAUAUGGUAUUAAUUUCCAUUGUGGAAGUGCUGUUUAAGGAUCAUCCUCGUUUGGAAAAGUACCUAAUUUAAUUAUCUUUAGGCUAUUGAUUUGGCAUAAGAAUGUAUGAGAAUAGGAAGAUUGUAUGGACAUAAGAUGGAAUUAUUAGAUGUAGGAGGUGGUUUUCCUACUGGAUAUAUUCAGAAUAAUAUAAUUAAUGCAUUAUUAAAAACCUAAAAUGAUCCUUUAGGAUAUUAAGUGAUUGCAGAACCUGGAAGACAUUUUAGUGCUAACACAUGUUAUCUUUUAUUUAGAAUUAUGACUAAAAGAAUUAAACAUGGAAGAUUGUGUUACCAUGUAAAUGAAUCUUUAUAUCAUUCUUUCAAUUGUGUUCUUAUGGAUGGUAUCUCAUUUGAAAAUGAAAAUGAUUAAUUGUAUAGUGUUCUCAAUUCAGAUGAGUCCUUAAAUACUUAGAAUUCAGAUCAAUCUAAUUCCUCCAUUUUUGGAAUGACAUGUGAUGGUGGUGAUAUUAUUGUUAAGAAUAUUGCUUUACCUAAUGAUAUGUAGGUUGGAGACUGGCUUUGUGUGUAAGGUAUGGGAAGCUACACUAUUGGGCCAAAAUCAAGAUUCAAUGGAAUGAAAUCAACAUCUAAAAUUUAUCAAUGGAGUAGUUAAAUUGAAGAAUAAAAUUGA